AUGAGCCCGGGCUAUUUCCUGGAUGCGAGCAAGGGCUGGACGGGCAGAAAUUGGUCGGUUUAUUGUGUCAGGCAAACUACUUCUGCCCCUGUAUCGGUGAUUGCAGCGACCCGGGCGAGCACUUUGUGCCCGGCAUAUGGAACCGGCACCAGCACGCAACUUUCGGCAAGAGAAGCGUGCCCAAAACUAGAGCUGCAGUCGACGUUGGCGCAAACGAAGGAUAUUUCCGAAGCGCUCGCCGCGCUCAAUCCAUACCGUAGCGGUGAGGGGCGUACGCUGGGUGUAUGGGUUGGCCUGACAAAUAACGUGGGAGUUGCGGCGGUACCGGAUUGGCGAUGGCUGGAUGGGAUCCACGAGGGAUGCUGCCUCCAUCUCGGCCCAAUUGAAGCCGGCGAGCGACGCGGAAAGGGUGUGCGUACCUGGAAGUCGAGACGGCGGCUUUUGUACGAAUACGACGAGUCGACGUGCCUCGUUGGUCGAUAUUUUGCGUGCAGAACGGAGGCGUGUACGAGUGACGCCUAUUGUGCGCCGACGACGCCGAGUUUUGCG